AUGAAGCGUUAUAAAGCCCCCGGCCCUGAUGGUCUUCACUCAGCUCUAUUCAAAGAUGGUGGCGCAUCGCUGGUUCGAGAACUCACCGCUUUGUUCUCGAAAAUUUGGUCGAAAGAGAAGGUUCCAUCAUCUUGGGGUGAAUCGAUAGUCGUACCCAUCUUCAAAAAGGGCCUGCACACAAUCUGCUCCAACUACAGAGGAAUAAGUUUAGUCCCCGUCGUUUGCAAGCUGCUGGUGUCCAUCAUACUUCGCAAGCUAUCCCCAACACGCGAAUCGUUGCAACGAGAAGAACAAGCUGGCUUUCGCCCUGGUCGCGGCUGCAUCGAUCAAAUCUUCAAACUUCGCCAGAUCCUUGAGCUCCGCCAUGUGUAUCAGAGGCCAACGAUUGCUGUGUUCCUGGAUAUCCGUGCAGCCUUCGAUUCUGUCGAUCGUACAGUACUGUGGCAGUGCCUUCUGAGGAACGGUGUCCCCGAGAAGUUCACCUCCAUACUGCGCGCUGUAUACAGUCUGACCUCGGGCAGGGUUAGGGCUUAUGGCAUGCUUUCGCCUACCUUUGUGGUCUCCAGUGGAGUUCGACAAGGAUGGCCUAUCUCUCCGUUCCUAUUCAACUUUGCCAUUGAGGAUGUCCUGAAGAACGCUCUGAGCGAUUCGUUGAACGCUGGCGUUGAGCUCUUCUCAGGUAGUCGAGUUGUUGAUUUGGAUUAUACUGAUGAUAUCGUCUUGCUGGGUGACGAUCCACAGGUCGUCCAACUUGCAUUAAACCGCUUGGCGAUUGAAGCAUCAAAGUACGGUAUGUACUUUUCGCCGUCCAAAUACAAGGCUCUCCUUCAAGACUGGCAGGUGCCUCUGCCUGCACUCACGCUUGCUGGUGAGACACUGGAGGUUGUGGAGAGCUUUGUCUACUUGGGAAGUUGCAUCACUGCUGGCGGGGCUAUUGGAGACGAGAUUUCGAUACGCAUCUCGAGAGCACGCCUCGCUUUUUCUAGGCUGAGGCAUUUGUGGCGUCGCCACAACAUUCAUCUCUCCAUCAAAUGGCGGGUCUAUUGUGCAACUGUUCGUGCUGUACUGUUGUACGGAUGCGAGACCUAUCCCAUUCGUAAAGAUGACUUGCGCAGGCUAUCCGUCUUCGAGCACCGCUGUCUGCGGUCCAUUGCCCGUGUGUGGUGGCAGCACCACGUAAGCAAUGUGGAAGUUAGACAGCGUGUCUUGGGACGUGGAAGCCACUCGCAAGAGGAGCUCAUCUCACUGCAUCAACUGCGGUGGUUGGGACACGUAUUGCGCAUGCCUGUCCAGCGUUACCCCCGUCGUGCGUUGUUUGUACUUGCUGGACCGGGCUGGAAGAGACGGUCUGGUGGACAGCCUACAACAUGGAGAAGCCGCAUGAAAAGUUGA